AUGGACGAGAAUCCGACUCUUGGGCAAUCAUGGGUCUCGGAAGGAAGUAUGGACAAGUUGCUUAAGACAUUUUCAGAGUUCCUUAGCUGGCUGACCAGUAUUUCCAAACACUCGCCCAACAUCGGCCUUUGGCAACUUGGCAACUGCGUGACAUGGUGCGCAUCAUUGAAACUCGACCUUGCAUGGUACAGGCCUGACAGUAUAUAUGAUCCCCUAGAAACCUGGAGCCAGGGUCGCGUCAUUAUUAUUGGAGAUGCUGCCCAUCCCAUGCUACCCACCCAAGGCCAAGGCGCGAACCAGGGUAUCGAAGACGCAGAGGCUUUGGGUGCUUUCUUCAAGGACGUCCAAGAGGCUCCAUCUCGGGGGCAGCUAAACGAUAUCUUCGGGGUGAAUUAUUCUUCCCCGAUUCCAAUUACUCUUGCUAAAUAA